AUGCGAUCUUUGGGCGCCAUGUUCGUCCUGGGCGCGGGCUCGCUGGGCUGCCUCUGGGCAGCUCGCCUCGCCAGGGGCGCUGCUUUGCCCGGAGGAGGUCCCGAAGCCCGCGCGACGCGUCUCUUGCUACGGCCCGGGUCACCAAAAGCUUCUUCUUCUGCGAAGUCGGAGAUCCGCGUCACCGGCGUUGGAGACAUCGACAGCUUCGUGCAGCGCGUGCAGGCAGAGGAGGUCUCAGCUUCCAAUGCUCCGAUCGAGCGGCUCUUGCUGGUGACGAAGGCGCAGGCGGCCGAAGCGGCCAUGAGGCAAGUGGCACCGCGGCUGCAGCCCGGCGCCGUGGUGGUCCUUCUGUGCAACGGGGCGCUGGCGUUGCAGGAGCAGAUAGGAGUUGGCGGCAUCCAUGUGGUUCUCGGGCUGACAACUCAUGGUGCCUGGUCUAAGGCAGACUUUGACGUUGUGCAUGCGGGCUGGGGUGACACAAGAUUUGGUAAAGUUGGGCCCAUUCCCGAAUCGCUCUACCAGUCAACUCUGCAGCACUUGGAAACGGCUGGUCUGGGGGCCACAGAUGAUUCUGACAUCAGGAGAUCCUUGUGGCUUAAAUUGGCCGCAAAUGCGGUGAUUAAUCCUAUGACCGCUUUGUCUGAGAAACCGAAUGGCUUCAUCUUGGACAGUGCAGCUCAAUCGCAGGUGCAAAAGGUUUGUCAGGAAGUGGCAGAUGUUGCGAAAGCCAUGCAAGACGAAGGCGGCAGCUGUCCCAGCUUACAGGACAUGCUGGGCUUUGUGCGGAAAACCGCCAGUCAGACAGCAGACAAUAUGUCUUCGAUGUUGCAGGACAUUCGAGCGGGACGGUCUACCGAAAUCGAUUUCAUCAAUGGCUGGGUUGCCGCAAAGGCUCUGCAAUACGGCAUAGAGGCUUCGGAGAACGCGCGGCUGGUUGCAAUGGUGAAGCAGAAAGAGCGGAUGCAGAGUUCGCAUCAGUGAGCUGUAGGCCAGUUCUUGCUGACCCAAGGAGCUGUGCAGGAGGAAGCGCCAUCGAGCACACUGACGGCUCCCAGACAUCAGUGACUUUGGGACAUGUGCACUGGAAAGACGUUGUUCCACCGGGGUGCUGGCGUUGCAGAAGCAGAUCGGAGUUGGCUGGUCUAAGGCAGACUUUGACGUUGUGCAUGCGGGCUGGGGUGACACAAGAUUUGGUAAAGUUGGGCCCAUUCCCGAAUCGCUCUACCAGUCAACUCUGCAGCACUUGGAAACGGCUGGUCUGGGGGCCACAGAUGAUUCUGACAUCAGGAGAUCCUUGUGGCUUAAAUUGGCCGCAAAUGCGGUGAUUAAUCCUAUGACCGCUUUGUCUGAGAAACCGAAUGGCUUCAUCUUGGACAGUGCAGCUCAAUCGCAGGUGCAAAAUGUUUG